AUGGCAACGCCACCACCCUCUUCUCUAAGCCUCUGCACAGUCUUAACCGAAUCAAAACACAUCAUCAACGCCCACUCCCGCCAUUUCCUCGCUCUCUCUGUUCUCUUUCUCCUCCCUCCCUCCUUCUCUUUCGCUGUCUUUCCCACACUUCUGAACCUCAUCGCUCCAUCCUCCACUCUCAACUCCAAAAUCCUCCUCUCGACUUCUAUCUUCGUCGAUCAAGGCCCGUCUAAUCAUUUCACUAUUAAUGCCCUUGUUUUCUCUCUCCUAUUCUCGCUCUUUGUCUUUGUUUUCGCUCCCCUUGCUGUUGGUUCCAUCACCUAUAGCGUUCUCCAUGGCUUCUAUGGUAGACCUGUCAAGCUCCUAGCCGCUAUCAAAUCUGCUUUUACUUCUUUCCUUCCCCUGUUAGUCACUACCAUUUUUGCUCAAAUUAUUGUGUUUGCGAUGUUUCUCAUUUCUGGGUUUUUCCUGUUUUUGGUAUUUAUGGCCAUUCAGCUGUUGGGGUUUCAAGUCGACAUCUCUUCUCCCUAUUUUAUUGGGUUCUCUGGGGUUGUUUCGAUUGUUUUGUUAUUGGUUAUAGUGUAUUUGCAACUUAAUUGGUCUCUAGUAGGAGUCCUUGUGGUAGCGGAAUCGAGUUGGGGGCUUGAGCCAUUGAAGCGGAGUAGUUAUCUCAUAAAGGGAAUGAGAGGAGUGGCUCUGGCUUUAUUGUUGUUUUUUGGGUUUUUGGUGUGUAUUUUGUUAAUCAUUAGCUCUGUAUCAGGGGUGACACUGGGUAUUGGCACUAGCAAUGGAUGGAAGAGUUGUGCAUUUGUUAUCCAAAUUGUGGUAACUACAACACUGCUAAUGCUGUUGCUCCUUUACGAUGUUGCUGCAAAUACUGUUCUGUAUAUGUAUUGCAAGGCUGUACAUGGGGAGCUUGCUUUGGAAAUUGUUGAGGAGUUUGCUAGAGAGUAUAUCAGCUUGCCCUUUGAUGAUGAAAAAGUCCCUCACCUUGUCUCCGUUGCUUAUACUUGA